AUGGCUUCCCGCUUGGCGCGCAGCGCUGUCGGCGCUUCCCUUCUCCGACCUACCAUCGCCAGCCGAGUCCUCCCUGCCCUGUCGUCGGUCGCCACCUCCCGAAAUGCCAGCAACGUACCCGCCGAGGAGCCCAAGAAGAAGGCUCAGAGCAUCAUCGACUCCCUCCCGGGAAGCAACCUGCUCUCGAAAACGGCCAUCCUCAGCAGCGCCGCCGGUCUCAGUGUCUACGCCAUCAGCAAUGAAUACUAUGUCAUGAACGAGGAGACUGUCGUCGCCGUCUGUCUGCUCGCUGUUUGGGGCGGCAUCAUCAAGUACGGUGGUCCUGCGUACAAGGAAUGGGCCGAGAGCCAGAACGAGAAGAUCAAGAACAUUCUCAACAGUGCUCGUGCCGACCACACCGAGGCCGUCAAGACCCGCAUCGAGGAUGUCAAGCAGAUGGGUGGCGUCGUCGAUAUUACCAAGAGCCUGUUCCAGGUUUCCAGGGAAACCGCUACCCUUGAGGCUCAGGCCUUCGAGCUCGAGCAGCAGACCGCUCUGGCCGCCGAGGCCAAGGCCGUCCUCGACUCCUGGGCACGCUACGAAGGCCAGGUCAAGCAGCGACAGCAGCAGGAGCUGGCCGCCUCCAUUAUUGCCAAGGUUCAGAAGGAGCUGGAGAACCCCAAGGCCCUGCAGCAGAUUCUGCAGCAGAGCGUGGCUGAUGUUGAGAGGAUUGUCUCCUCCAAGGCCCAAUAA